AUGAUUGUGACUGUUGAUUAUUCUCAGACAGAAGAAAGCAUUGAUGGAUCACUUCAAGACUCUGAUUGUUUCACAACUAACUUGUCAUCAAGAAAUAUUGAGAGCAAGAAAUACAGCAAAAUUUCUAAAACAACAGGGAAGAAAAAUUCAUCUGGAUGUAAGGGUUUCAUCCCAGAAUAUAAAAGAAUAUAUGAAACGUCAUUAUUUCUGUAUAGAGAAGAAAAAUCCACCGAGUUUUCAGGAUCAAAGAAAAUCAAAAAGAAAAGUUUACAAGUACAGUUUCAUAGUAAAAGAACUGAGAUCGCCUCUCCGUCCCUGAAGGUGGCAAAGGAGAAGACGGCUGGGAAAGAGAGCACUUUGUACAAGUUGCCAUGCCACUUUGGUAGUCACAAGACUUCACUAUGCCCUAGUUUAUCUUCCUCAACUCCUCGGAGGAAGGAGACAACUUCUAACCUCUACAUGACGUUAUAUGAACAAGUACAUGAAGGAUACCUAAAAUACCAAGAAUUAAGUGCACUUCCUAAAGCCUGCAUAAUUUUUAGUAAAGUUCGCCAGGGUAAGAUCAAUGUGAAUGAUUUGCCAAUGAUCCUCCACAUCCUGAAGAUUUCUAUGAGUGACUCAGAAAUGCGACAGGUGCUGAAGACCACUGACAUUGAUGAAUUUCAAGAUGUCUUGAAGACUUUUUCUAAGAUGAAAGGUGGUCGUGUGGCCACUGAUGAAGUGGCAGCUUUUUUGGAUGGCAUGGGUAUUCCAGUAAAUCCCGAGACGCUCAAGGAUGUGAUAAGUCACUCUUAUGUGGACAGUAACUACACGGUGGAUAUUGGGGACAUUAUAUUUGCUUUGGAUGAUCUGCAGCAACAGUAUGAAGAUGUCUCAAUUAUGGAUGAAGCCACUUCAAAUAAAAGAUUAUCAAGUAUACCAGGACCCCAUCUACAACCCAGGAAGAAAGGGAGUUCAAUUUCCAGACUGUCUGAACCUAUCACAUCAAAAAAUAAACCUCCCCUUCAACCUCGCAGUAAAACCGUGGAGAAACAUGAUGAGCCCGAACUUAAACGAUCAAAAACUUCCUUACAAAUAAGAAGACUCUCAAGUCGGGUUGACAGUAAUCAAGUGGGAUUUCAGGAACCAUACCCAAAGAUUCAAGAUUCAAAGUCUAAAUCAUCUAUCCCAAGGAGUACUACAAGCCUUGAAAAGUUAAAGAUUCCAGAUUCAAAGUCUAAACCAUCUAUCCCAAGGAGUACUACAAGCCUUGAAAAGUUAAAGAUUCAAGAUUCAAAGUCUAAACCAUCUAUCCCGAGGAGUACUACAAGCCUCGAAAAGUUACCAGAUAAAAGCGAUACUUCUACCAUCUCAAAACUUGAGAGGCUAGCUGUGAAAGAGCAGCCCAGCACCCUAAAACCAGUUGCAUCUAAGGAAAAAGCUUCAGUUAGGGCCUUAGGUCAGUGUCCCAUGUCUCAUUAUUGCGAUGGUGAUAGUGUCUGUGAGAGGGGUACAGGCAAAGAGAAAGUGAUAGACGAUGAGAUAAGGAACUUCCAGACAUUCACGAGCACACAUGGACAAAGUGAAAGGUCAGAAACAAAACCAGUGAAUUUUAAAGAGUUUGAUACCAUGAUGAGCAAGAACGAAUACUUCUCUCAAAAAUUAUUGUUGCUGGAUGCUAUUGAGAGACUCCAAGAUCUCAGCAAGGACCAGAUGGAUGUCCCUCACCUGUGGGACAUGCUGUCUAGUUUGAAUAGUCAUCUAAAAAAGGAUGAAUUCUUACAUGCUGUGAAAUUAGCAACAGUUGAUGGUGACAAAGUACAGCUUGAUGAAUUUUCAAAAGCAGUGAAGGACAUGCGGGACACCCUCAGGCUAAAAGAGUUGGAGGAGAUAGCCGUAGGUCUUAACUCACUCGAAGGUGAGAAGGUAUCUCGGGAGAACGUGGAAGAUUUUCUAGAGAAUCUUAGGAUUACAUCAUUUAAAGAUGAAGUGGAAAAAAUCCUUCAAUCAGAUAUUGUUUCUGAAGACAACACGGUGAGCGUUAAGGACUGUAUGGAAGCUCUGAGAGACAACUCGAAAUUUUCCAGCUACAAUGGGUUUAUAAAGGAAGCUCUGUCUUCACACCUGAAAUUACCAACAAUAAGUGAGAUCCAAGAAGCUGCUGACAGCUUGUCACAUGUUGAUAAUGGCAAAAUCUCCGUAUCUAACUUGGAGCAUGCCUUGAAAUCUCUGCAUGCUAAUCUAAGUGAAGAAGACUUCAGAGACGCUCUUGAGCACUGUGACACUGGUGAUAACAUGGAGGUGAACUUAAAAGAUUUCUUAGAGGAAGUGAAAAGUGCUCCAAGCUUUAAGGACUCCAUAGUCACACAGCUCCUCCUAGCCACUCCCCAAAUUCUCCAGAAGGAUCUAAUUGAUGUCUCUGACUUCAAGGAGUUAUUGGUGAAUGACAAUCUUCAUUCCGCUAAAGCCGUACUGACAGAAGUGUUAAAAAAUGUGCCUGAGCAUGAAGAAGGCAAAGUUACCGUUAAAGAUUUUAUCAUCAAGUUUGGGGAUACCUUGACAGCUCUAAAGUCUGAACGAGAGAAAGAGCAGCUUUACAAUGCUGACAUUGACAGAAAUAAUGCUAAUGCCAUUUCUGACAUUAAGGAGAAUGUCAGAAAGGCUAUAGGAAUCGACCUAACAGACAGUGAAGUCCAGAAGGCGCUGGAUAACACUACUCCUUCCAGUGAGAUGGUACAGUUGAAGGAUAUCAUCAGAGGACUGGCCAACACUGAUAUAUUUAAUGAGUGCCAGAGAAUAGAGGACACAAGCAACAUUGUCGAUAAAAUCACUGAUGAAAAAGUUGAAGUUAAAGAUCUUUUAUCUGUCAUAAAGAGCUUUGAGAAAUCUUUACAGGAGAAAGACAAGCCUGGGGAGUUUCCGACUUCUGAAAUGGAUGAAAAAGAAGUGAUCUUAAAAGAAGCAGUUACUUCUUUCAUUGACUCAUCUAGUCCAGCAACACCAUUCAACAGCUUACUGAAAGAGAUUACAUCUCUUGAUAAUAUCAGAAAAAAUAAGAUGGCUGCAAGUGAACUGGUCUCCAAUAUUAUGAGUACUGGAAUUCCAAUAAGCCACGAUACUAUGCAGGAGAUCCUGAAACAGGCCUCUGUCAAUGAAAAUGAUGAAGUAAGUCUCAAGCAAAUUUUGGAGACUUUAAGUACACAUAAACCAGAUCCUGUAUUGGAAGGAGAAGAGGCUGAUGUCACUGCUGUAGACGAGGCUUUGAGAAACAGGGACACAGGACUCACCGACGAGGAGGAGAAGAUUCUGUUUGAACCCCUGCCAGCUCUUGAUGAUGAAGAAAUGGAUAUGGAAACAUUGAUCAGGGCCAUGAUGAUGUUCAAAGAAAAAAAUGACAUUGCUAAUCUGUCCGACUUCCUGCACAAUCUGGGCAUUCAGCUUUCAGAUGAUGGACAUGAUGACCUAGUCAGCCAUCUCUCUGUCAGUGAUGAUGGGAAGAUAAGUCAGCUUCAGCUGAUGGACAUCAUCAAGAGUCUUAAAAGAGGAAAGGCUGAUACCACAAAAUUAGACAAUAUCCUGGCGAAGAUGGAAGAGCAACUCACAAGCAAGGAAGUUCAACAUCUGCCAGUUGACAAGGGGAAGGUCGAUGUUAGUGAACUUGACACCAUUUUGGAGAAAAUGGGAAUGGAUUUCUCUGACGAACCAUCUGAAGGACUGGUACCAAGUUGGCAUGUUCAGCUUAGCAAACCAUUGAGUGAAAUUCCUCAUGUUUCAGCCUCCGAAUGUGCAGCUUAUGGCCCUCUUAGACGACGAAGAGGAACUUUUGGAGAGGAUGUUUCUAAUGACACUCAGCAAUUUCACAAGGAGUUGGUGCAACCACCCAGAUUUAUCCAGCCUGAAUUCUCUGAGUAUGAAGAUGCUGUGGGCUGGAAGGCAAUCACUGAGAUGGAAAAGCAUCAGCAAGACCACAUGGACCACAACAGUUAG